CCACAACUGCUGUGGCGCAGCUGCCUUGAUGCCCCUGCGCUACUGCACCAACGGCCCGCUACCAAACGUCACUCGAAUUUGGAGCUCCAUCCAAGCUCAGUCCAUUUCGGGAUAUUCCUCCAUCUCCAACUCGCUCACCAUCAAGCAAUCACUCCACCGAAACCUCGUCCCGAACGACCGCCGCUUAUCCCCUUCCCCCCGAUCUCAUGGCUGCCUACUCAGGCACUUCUUCAUACUAGGCGCCGUCCAUCAAUCAUGUCGAUUGCAAUCUGGCCUCCCGUCUCCCCCGACGAGCUCAGGCUUAAAGCCGCCGAGACCCAGGCGCGCGAGCUGGACUGGAUCGUCGAGGAGACGCUGCAGAUCUGUCGCGAUCUCAAGCAUGGCCUCGAGGACUGCUAUGCGCUCCUCGCGCCCAUCGACCCGGGAAGCACCCUCGUCAUGAGCACACAUCGCAACGAAAAAGUAAAGGGCACGCUCACCCGCGUCGGCACUCGCAUCGUCAAAGGGCAUCUCCAUCUCCAGCUUCGAACGAUACCCGCCCAGACGCUGUCGCUCUCCCAGUCCGACGUCAUUCACAUCCAGGCCCUCGAUUCGCUAAAUGCGUACCUAAACCAAUCCAUCGAUCUCCUCUCCAUCACCCUGUCCAAGCCGCAGGACGCCCGCUCCCUCUCCUCCACACUCGCCAUCCUCGCAGACUCCCUCUCCGAUUCGGCGGCACUCCUCAAGGGUCCCCCUCUGACAGAUGCCGACCCUGCUUGGCAGACGUGCUCAUGUCCGCCGUACCACUUUGAGCCCUCCCCGGGGCCCAACCUCAGCUUUUAUCUCGGCCUGCAGGAGAGCUGCAUCGUGCUCUGGCUGCGUGCUCUAGAACCCGCGGAUGCACCCGUCCAUUUUGGAACUAAGCUCGGCCUUGCCAUCGGCACCUUCCGUCGUCUGGAACACGACGAGAUGGACACCGUUUUCCGGUACAAUACCAUGGGGAGCGAUGCCGGGGGCUCCAAGCGGGGCAGUGCGCGCCAUACCCCAGAGCCUAGAUCGUCGGCAGCCGACGUGGAGAGCAAGGAUGUGCAGGAAGUCUAUGUCCGGGAAAAGGUGCGCGUCGAAAGUGCAGAUCCGAGCCUCAUCUCCCUGUACUCCAAGCUCGGCUUCCUAAGUCACAUGCUCGGCCAGGCGCGGAGGAAUCUGUCAGAGGUCCUCAGCGUCGACUCGUAG